GCGACUACGAGCAGCGACCGCCGCCGGGGUUCGAGGCAAUGCGAGCGAGUCAAGGGUAGGCUUCCGUCGUCGCGUUGAUCUGCUGUUGGUUUUAUAUAGUCUCGCAGCGGUCCAACUCCUGACAUCUCUCUCUCUCUCUCCUCGACCAGUUUACUUGAGUGGACUUGCAUUGAUACUUGCCACCUCCUCUUUUGUCAUCGCCGCGGCUUACACACAUAGACAGACACAAACACAUGUACAUGUAGACGGAGACAAGUUCACUCUUUUCCCUCGUACAUAUUUCAAUCCGACUCUAUCUGUCUGUUUGUCUGUCUGUCGGUCUGUCUGAGAGGGAGACUCGCUGCCUUACUCUCUUGACAAGAAGAAAGAGCGACAUUCCCGUCUGUCCCCGCGGCCGUCGUGACACACAGUCAUCGAGAGGAGGAGGAGGAAAACGCCACCUCAUCAACCCCCCAAACAACACAAUACAUACCCAGAGUACCACAGCAUAACCAGGAGGGGCGACACAAGAGAAAAUCCACCCACCACCAAGGCCACAAACAACAAUGGCAGACCCAAAGACCUGCCCGCCGCUGACGCGCGCCUCCGUCGUCGCGGCGCACGACCUCGUGCGGCCCCACGUCCACCGCACGCCCGUGCUGACCAGCUCGACGCUGUCGCGGCUGGCGUCGACGCCGAGGGGGGACAGGCCCGGGGACCGGGAGGCGAGGGGAGAGGGGGAGGGGGAGGGGGAGGGGUAUGGAGAGCAGGACGGGGCACAGCCCCCCGCGCGCCCCGUCAUCCGCCUGUGGUUCAAGUGCGAGAACCUGCAGCGCGUGGGCGCCUUCAAGGUCCGGGGCGCGUUCCACGCCGUCGAGAGGCUCAAGGCCGACAAGGGGUGGGUCGCCGGCGGGGGGCUGGAGAGGGGCGUCGUCACGCAUAGCAGUGGCAACCACGCGGCAGCCCUCGCCCUCGCGGCCCGCGAGUCCGGCAUCCCGGCGCACAUCGUCAUGCCCGAGAUCUCGCCGGCGGGCAAGGUCGCCGCGACGAGGGGCUACGGCGCCCACGUCGUCUUCAGCGGGCCGACGUCGGUGGAGCGCGAGGCCGUCGCGGCGCGCGUCACGGCCGAGACGGGCGCCACGCUGGUCCCGCCGUACGACCACCCGGACAUCGUGCUGGGCCAGGGGACGCUGGGGCUCGAGUUCCAGGAGCAGGUCGCCGACAUGCUCAUGGCCGAGGACGAGGGCGACAGCAACAGCAACAGCAGCAACAACAACAACAACAACAAGGGCCUCGACGCCAUCAUCACCCCCUGCGGCGGCGGCGGCAUGCUCUCGGGCGUGGCGCUGUCGUGCGAGGGGACGGGUGUCCGCGUCUUUGGCGCCGAGCCCUCGUUCCAGGGCGCCGACGACUGCCGGCGCGGGCUGGCGGCGGGCGAGCGCGUCGGGGCCGUGUCGACGCUGACGGUGGCCGACGGGCUGCGCACGCCCGUCGGCGCGGUGCCGUGGUCCGUCAUCCACGGCCGGGGGCUCGUCCGCGCCGUGUACGCCGUCACCGAGGCGCAGAUCGCGGCGGCGCUGCGGCUCGUCCUCGAGCGCAUGCGCGUCGUCGUCGAGCCCAGCGCCGCCGUGCCGCUCGCCGUCGUGCUGUUCAACGAGGAGUUCCGCGCCAUGGUCGAGCGGGAGGCCGGGCCUGGGGGGUGGGACGUGGGUGUCGUGUUUAGCGGGGGGAAUGUUGGGCUUGAUAAGCUUGCGGCUUUGUUUGGUUCUUCAUGA